AUGCAAAGGCAGUGGCUUUGGAUAUUCAUCCCCUUCUUAUGCGGAGUCUUGACAAUUACAGGCGCUUGCUGCACCAACGAUGCGGCUCCAGCUUAUGCACGCUAUCGACGACAUUGGGAGUAUCUCAUAUUACCUGUGCUGCCAGGGCUUGGGCUCGGGUUUGCGGCCGCUGCUAUACCUGCUGAGCAGGCACUCAGACUACAACAACUACAGUACGUGCUUCAGUCAAUGAUUGGCUUCCUGUUCAUAUAUCUGUUCCAGGGCAAGGGGCUGGUAUCCGAACACAGGUCCAGCACACAGGCCAAGAAGGCGGGCCAAGCUCCACGGGACGGAACUUCACUUCAACUCGGGCAGUCCCGCCAGAGGCUGAUCCUGGAGGAUGUGAACCUGGAACACAUCACUACUGGGGAUCUUGAAAGCCUGCUAACGGAGGAGGGGCUGGAUGUACCUGGGGUUCUUGAAAGCUCGGGGGAGAGGCUGGAUAUACCGGUGAAGGCCGAGGGAGGCGAGCCACGCCCAGACACUCAUGUUGUAAGGAAAACGUACACGGGUGACCUCUGCACAGAGUGCACCGCCGGUGCCGAUACCACAGAGGUGAAUGUGCUUGCCGUAGCCGCGUGUACUGACUGCCCGUUUCGCUCAUGUAAUACCUCUGUUGAAACUUUGUUAACACCGACCAGCCCCAUCAGGGAGCCGCGCAACUGCAUCGAGUACACGGCACCAAAGAUUCUACGGAGACUUGGGACGACACAACGCUUAGUUGUUCCGCUAAUACUUCUGGCUGCCACGCUGGCAGUGGCGUCAGGCAUUAUCCAGCCUGCACAAGCACAAGCCCUGCAGAAUAUGCAGCAUAUUUGCUACUGGGUACUUGACUGCGAGCUAGUUAAGAGAGAGAUCGGUAGAAUUUUAGUUGCCAACGCAAUUAAGCUAGAGCUCUGGAUAGGCAAAAUCCACUGUGUUCUACAGGACUGCCUACCAAAAUACGACAUAGCACUUGCAUUGAACAACAAUUACGCCGUUUUCGCCACGGCCUUUGACGCACAGACAUAUAACGACUCUGACGAAGCUAAUCUAUCCAAAGCUUGUGAAAUACUUAGGGGUUCCGAGAAGAAGUUUGGGAGCUUGAAGACGCCACUGGAGAGUGUCUCAAAAGGCGCAUACAUUGGCAUUCGCGCAGGAAUAGAGAUUUUGGUACUUGCAAGGUACGGCGCCUCCGUCAAACCAAUUGUACAAUUAUCACGCACUUUGGAGUCAGCAGAGGAAGAUAGACGCAUUUGGGAUACAGGAGCAUAUAAAGUGCAGGCCUGGGUGAGCAGCCUGAAAACAGUACAGCAAAAAAUUGAUCUUUCGCCAAGAAAUUACAGCCAGCAAGAGAUCAACUGCAUCAACUGCAUCAACUGCAUCAAAUGCAUCCAAAUCGCUGGAGUGGCGAUCUUGGCUCGAUCUAUUACAAGGUUGUUAUUCAGUGUGGGAUCUGCGCUGCACUCUUGGUGGCAAGACCGUGACCGGACUAUUAAUGAUUCGGUUGUUACCAUCAGCGACAAGUCUCAAGCUCAGCUACGUGAGGAUAAGGUGGCUGGGCUACCGGAUUUGCCGUCGAGCAUGAUUGAUUGA